GUUGAUUUCCAAAGACGCUAGAACCACACCGUUUAGUCUUGUCAUCACUUUCCCUGCAGGAGCUUCUGAAGGUUACGCUACUGGGAAACUUUACCUAGACGAAGACGAGCUUCCGGAGAUGAAGCUAGGAAAUGGACAGUCCACUUACGUUGACUUCUACGCUUCGGUCGGAAACGGGACUGUGAAGAUGUGGUCACAAGUUAAAGAAGGGAAGUUUGCGUUGAGCAAAGGAUGGGUGAUUGAGAGAGUGAGUGUUUUGGGACUUAAAGGAACAGGACAAGCUACUGAUGUUCAAAUCAAUGGAAGCCCAAUGACGGAGAAGAUUGAGGUAAGCUCAAAGGAGCAUACUUAUGUGAUUGGUUUGGAAGAUGAAGAAGAGAACAAGAGUGUGAUGGUUGAGAUUGCUGGACUUGAGAUGUUAGUUGGUAAAGACUUCAAGAUGUCCUGGAAAAUGGGUAUGCAUUAAUAAUUUUCAUGUGAGAGUUUGGUAAAAUUAUUGGGGAGGAGAAUGAGAUUAUUUAAGAACAAAAAAUAUGCUCAAUUCUUUUUCUACAUUUCGGAUUAUAAGGAAAAAAAAAGAAUAGAGGUUUGGUUUUUUAGAUUGUGUCUGUGUCGUUUGUUCAAAAAAAAAAAAAAGAUUGUGUCUGUGUCUUUUUUAUUUAUUAGAAGAUGUUUUUAGUAUGAAUAAAAAAUUGGAAGCAGAAGUAUUAUUAUUA